AUGUCUCCGACACGGAUAUCACCCCUUCUGGAGGCUUGGUACAAGUGGAAGUCGCUCAGACUACCAUGGCGCAAGCGCUUCCUUGUUGGCCGUGACCUACAGGGUUACACAUUUUGGGAGUUUCGAGAGACCCGCGGCAAUGGACCUGGCCGCUUCCGCCGCAUCGUCAAGUAUCCGCGAUCCGUCUACCUCUCCGACGUCAAGGUAUCCCCGUUGUGGCACCAGUGGUUGAGGCACACCCGACAAGAACCCCCGACGCUCGAAGAACAAUCACGCGAGGCCUUCCGACAGGAGCGCAUGAAAGUGUUAGCAGCGCAGGCAGAUGCCAGAUGGGAGGCAAAGCCUAGAUUGACGGAUGCUCCGGGGCAGCAGACAGGUCAGCGUUUGCCAUCAUUCAACACUGCGCAGACUCAACCCAUUGCGCCGGAACUGGAGGCGACGAAUGCGACCACGAAGGCGAACGCACCCGAGACAGUAUCGCCGCAGUCUGACAAACCGGCCGAGCCGGCUCAGCCUGCAAACGAGACGAAGAACAAGUACGGAAAGGACCCUUGGGCGAAAGCUCGAGGGCCAAGUGAGAACUGGCAGCCAGAGACGUGGAUGCCACCUGCAGGAAAGAAAUAA